GUUAUACAGAAGGGUGGGUUGGUUAUAGACUCUUAUGCGCGUUCCUUCUUCGAACCUUUUGGUAUGUAUUGCCCCCUAACUAUAGAUCCGAUCCACCAGACGAGAAACUCAAUUGCGCACUGCUGCUGAGUCGUCGGACUUAUCCACCAAGGGAUUCGUGGAAUUUCUCGCCCCCUUUUGGGUAUGCAGGUACUAAGAGUCCUCUCACUACCAACCAGCAGACAUCAUCUGGCUGGGUCUUGCCGGGGAGAUCGGAGCAGCAGGGAACGCCUAGACGACGUUUUUAUUCCUGGGCUGCAGGAAGUAGAUCGAGAGGUCGUUCCGCCCCUUGUCCCCGAAUAUGGGUAAUAUGUUCUCAAAGGUUGCUCCAAUCUGACCUAGCUGGCGAGCGAUCCCAGUUCGCGGCAGAGAACAAGACAGCCAGCGAGCGUACCUUUGUUCGCUUCUUCUCCACCAAGCACGGAA